UGAGCAGCACCAUGGCGGUUGGCAAGAACAAGCGCCUUACGAAAGGUGGCAAAAAAGGAGCCAAGAAGAAAGUGGUUGAUCCAUUUUCUAAGAAAGAUUGGUAUGAUGUGAAAGCACCAGCAAUGUUUAAUAUAAGAAAUAUUGGGAAAACACUAGUUACAAGGACUCAAGGAACCAAAAUUGCAUCUGAUGGCCUUAAGGGUCGUGUUUUUGAAGUGAGCCUUGCUGAUCUGCAGAAUGAUGAAGUUGCAUUUAGAAAAUUCAAGCUAAUUACUGAGGAUGUGCAGGGCAAAAACUGCCUAACCAACUUCCAUGGCAUGGAUCUUACCCGUGACAAAAUGUGUUCCAUGAUUAAAAAAUGGCAGACCAUGAUUGAAGCUCAUGUCGAUGUCAAAACUACCGAUGGUUAUUUGCUUCGUCUUUUCUGUGUUGGUUUUACCAAAAAACGCAACAAUCAGAUUCGGAAGACCUCUUACACUCAGCACCAACAGGUCCACCAAAUCCGGAAAAAGAUGAUGGAAAUCAUGACCCGAGAGGUGCAGACAAAUGACUUGAAAGAAGUGGUCAAUAAAUUGAUUCCAGACAGCAUUGGUAAAGACAUAGAAAAGGCUUGCCAAUCUAUCUAUCCUCUCCAUGAUGUGUUUGUUAGAAAAGUAAAAAUGCUGAAGAAGCCCAAGUUUGAAUUGGGAAAACUCACGGAGCUUCACGGUGAAGGUAGUAGUUCUGGAAAAGCAACUGGAGAUGAGACAGGUGCUAAAGUGGAACGAGCUGAUGGUUAUGAGCCACCAGUCCAAGAAUCUGUUUAAAAUUCAGACAGAAUAAAGCCUUAUUUGUGAUGGGUUGUUUCC